AUGUUCUUUUUUUUCCUUGACAUUCUUGCUGCUGUCACUACAUUUGCUGGGGAAUUCUCAACGAGAUUCUACCUGUCCUUCCAUGCUGUUCUUUCUGUGGUUUCCUUGUUUCUUUUUGCGAUCCGGUUCCAGAUGGCUCAGCAGUGCUUCCAAAAUGAAUAUUUUGACAGAUUGCUUAAUACUUGCAAACCGUGUCACCUUCGAUGCCCUAAUACCCCUCCUGUAAUAUGUCGGCGUUAUUGUAAUACAAUGAAAGGAACAAAUGCAAUUCUCUGGACCUGUUUGGGCCUCAGCUUAAUAGUUUCUUUGACAGUUUUCCUGUUGAUGUUCUUGCUCAGGAAGAUGAGCUCGGAACCCUUAAAGGACGAAUUUAAAAACACAGGACCGGCUCUCCAGAAGGAUGCUAACACAGACCUGGGUGCUAGCCAUGGUGCCGGGACUGUUGCUGAGGCUCUUCUUUCGAGAGGCCUUGGGUACACAGUAGAAGAAUGUACGUGUGAGGACUGUGUCAAGAGCACGCCAAAGGUCGAUUCAGACCAUUUCUUUCCACUCCCAGCCAUGGAGGAAGGUGCAACCAUUCUUGUCACCACGAAAACAAAUGACUACUGCAACAGCCCUAGCUGCCUAGCAGUCACAGGGAUGGAGAAAUCAAUUCCUACCAGAAAAUUAACCAUUUCUAUGGUACAGAGCUACUUGGAAAAUCUUUUGCCAGAAGGAAAGUGUGAUGUAUCAGAUCUCUUUAGGAUGAUUGUACUUAUUGUUGGAUGGCAUGCCUUUUUGUCCUCUAAUUCUAGAAAAUCUUUAUGUUUGAUAUAUUUUUCUACCUUGUUGUUGGGAGCUUAACUGUGCAAACUUACUUGGCUUCAUGAUUAAAUUGAA